AUGCCGAAAUCCAAGCGCAAUCGCUCAGUCACCUUGUCCAAGACCAAGAAGAAGCCUGGUCUAGAGCGUAAGGGCAAGGUGGUCACGGAGAUCAAAGACGCGAUUGAGCGCCACAGCAGCGCCUAUGUCUUCACCUUCAACAAUAUGAGGAAUCAGAAGCUCAAGGACCUCAGGGACCAACUUAAAUCCUCUAGCCGGAUAUUCCUUGCUGGAAAGAAGGUCAUGCAGAUAGCAUUGGGGCGGUCACCUGCUGAUGAAGCUAAGACAGGCCUGCAUAAACUCUCCAAGUUCCUUCAAGGUGCUUCUGGAUUGUUAUUUACAAAUCUCCCAAGGGAUGAUGUUGAGAGAUUAUUCCGAGAAUUUGAGGCGAAUGAUUUUGCGAGGACAGGAAGUAUUGCGACUCAAACGGUUGAGCUAAAGGAAGGCCCUCUGGAACAGUUUUCACAUGAAAUGGAACCCUUUCUGCGCAAACAAGGACUGCCAGUUCGUCUAAACAAAGGUGUUGUUGAAUUGGUUGCAGAUCAUGUAGUAUGUGAAGAAGGGAAGCCCCUUUCACCAGAAGCAGCACACACUCUGCUCUUUCUUUGCACUGAGACCCAAUUGAUUUCUUUGUGGCAGCGCGUGCUUGGGAGGAAGAUGGCGACGUUCCGACUGUACCUUGUCUGCCGCUGGUCGUCCGAUGACUUUGAAGUGUACAAGGAAGGCUUGGCGCACCUGGGAGGUGAGGAAGCUGACGAGUCUUCUUAA